CCUGUCUAUAACACUUAUUUCCAAACAAGCUUAGAACUAUAAUUUUAAUUAACAAUUGUGUGAACCUCUUCCACAGGGAGAAUAUUCACCAGAUGUUACAAGAAUUUCAAGAUAACCUGUCAAGUUCCCUCGUGGCAAAAAAAAAGAUGGUCAAACAGGAACUAAACAAUUCCUUUAAAACCCUGAAUGCAAAGCUGGAAUUUAUUUUCAGAAGGGAACAAAAUGAAAGGAAGAAACAAUAUUCUCAGUACUGUGAGAUCUUUGAAUCCUGCUAUAGCCAAUGGCAGAAGGAAAUGGACAGAGUUGAAGAAGAAGAUGAAAAACUUGCUGCUAUGACCCACAAACAAAAGGAGAUUGCUGUUCUGAACAGAAUGACGCAAAAUAUGGCAGUUGGAACCAUAAUGAGCUUAUAUGAGACGUUCAUGCAGAAUGUCGAGUCCCUUGCUGAAAAUCCUCCUCCUCUUGAUGAAAGUGAAGAGCAGGAUGAAACAUCAUAAAGAAGAAUUCAGCAACAGCAAGAUGUGGCCACUCUUGGAGAGUGGCUUCAAUGCAAGCAGUCCAGGGACUGUGAAGAAACCCUAUGAUCCUUGCAUCCGAAAUCCAGGACACCCUGUGCUGCACCAAGAGCAGCUCUCAUAGAAAGUAGCAUGCCUCGUUUACCCCCUACCUCUGUCAAGCACCAUGUGAACCCUAAUCUGUUUAGUAUGUAGCAUUAGUGACAGUGAUGGAAGUGUGAGAUUUCCACCUAACUGGUUGACUGUUUUCUGAGCCUUCCCCUUGUCCACUGUCCUUUUGUAGAAACCGUUGGAAACUUUGUGUUCAAUAAAUUUUA